CUUGUAGAGUACCAUAUCUCCCUCCUUCCACCACCACCACCCCCCCUCCCCUUCGUACUGUGCCUCCGUCACCCAGCUCAUCCACUCAGUAUAUGUAGGCCAGGUAGCCAAUAUCCUAUCCAUGCUUCUGCCCCGCGUCGACUUGUUCACUCCCUCCUCUCCUUCCUUUCCCUGUUUGUCCCACUUCUCUCCUCCUUCCUCCCCACCACUUGUCCUCGUUUACCUACCUCCACCCACGCCUACCGAAUAACUAUUAGUAGACAUUGCCGACCUCGAUACCACAACCCCCCUCCUCCCUCUUAAUCCUUCCCCUCCUCCACUCCCUCUGUCACUUCGGCCCAUCCUUUAAUAUUCUAAAAACUGCCAAAGUCCAUCAUGAUGAAUCACCCGUCAUCGUCAUCACCCGCCCAAAGUUACAAUGUUCCCGCAAGUAUGAGAAGCGCCCACAUGUACGCAGGCAGCAUGCCUCUCGUCAACGGUGUCAAUGGACAACUCCAGAACAUGCAGAUUUCCCCCCUGGCCGCCCAACAGGCCAUGUCAGCCGGGGGAUUAAUGGGAGACCCAAAUAACAACCCAUUACUCGACCCUUCCGUGAUAAUGUCCAUGGGGAUGGCCGGAGAGGAUGGAAUGCCACUGGAUCCCCAGCUGUGCACUGGCGGCGAUCAAUUCGGCCCCCUGUCUGUGACUGCCCCUCCAACAUCCAUGAUGACCGAGUACGGGAACCUCGGCGGUGGCAGUACGCUGACCGAAUUCACGAAGCGGAGGAAUUGGUCGCAGCGCAUUCUUGAAGAGCUGCAGGACUUUCUACAUAUUCUAUCGCCGAGCGGCAAAAUGGUCUACGCUUCACCUUCUUCCAAAGCUCUAACUGGCUUCGGCCCGGAGGAGCUGUUGGGGAAAUUCAUCACUGAGUUCAUUCACCCAGACGAUUCGGGGUUGUUCGUUCGAGAGUUUAAUGGCGCCAUCGCUACCGGCCAACCAUUGCGAUUGUUCUACAGGUUUCAGAAGAGCGACGGAACGUGGGCGAUAUUUGAAACGAACGGACAUCCGCACAUUGGCGAAGCACCUCAGUUCAGCCCUUCCUCGAUUCAGUCGGUAUGCAAAGGCUUCUUCAUGAUGUCACGACCUUAUCCGACGCGGAAUGCGUCUUUGUUGGACUCUUUUCUCGAGCACAAGAUUGAGAACGAACGGCUACUGAAACGGAUCAGCGAGCUAAGAAAGGAGGAAUUCGAGGAUCAUCAGCAACAGCAACGGCAAAGGCAACAACACCACGCUACGGUUUCCCGGACGGAUAGUGGAACAGCUGGUAGUAGCAUGGCUUCUAAUGUAGGCAACGAUAACCCCAUGGCCACGACGCCUAACUCGUCUGACCCUAUGCCCCCACCUGCGAAACCCACGCAUAUUCGCGAUAAGAUGGCUAGGUUCGAGGGUGCUACUCAUAUGGAUACGAUCGAGAUGUUGACAGGGCUAAGAUACCGAGAGGGGGAGCGGUCGAAGGGUAUUAGCACGGGUGACACAUCGCCGGCACUUAUUCGCGGAGACGCCGGAGUGCCCAUUCCCAUCGAUAAAGAGAGCCGCCAUACGUCGGAGAAGAAGAAGAAACAGAAGAUUGCGGACGAAUACGUGUGCACGGACUGUGGUACUCUGGAUAGCCCUGAAUGGAGAAAGGGUCCCAAGGGUCCGAAGACCCUUUGCAAUGCAUGUGGUUUGAGAUGGGCCAAGUUCGUUACUCCGUGCUGAUGCAAUCCCCUCAUACGACGUAUAGCUGACGUGCUCUAUAGGAAAGAGAAAAAGCGAAAUGCCGGCUCUGUAUCAUUGCCAGCAGGAUCCACAGGUUCGUUAGUAGGAUGAAGGAUCUGCGUUAGCUUUGAUUUUAUCAUGUCUAUUUAUUCAACGUGCCCAUCCUCAGUUUCUGAGCAUCACUCCCCCCCCCCUUUCAUUUCCCAUUCUACCAUAUUCUAUUCCUUACUUCUUUCUUCUUUUUCUCUCUCUUUCCCUUUUUUUUUCCCCCUAAGUUCUCACCUCAUUCGUUCCCAUUACAAUGUAGAACGGCGGGGCAUCGUGUUCUCUGGAGAAAUUUUUCAGGAGUUUACGGGCGGCAAGCAUCAUACGGAAGGCACAAACUUCGAGGCGCAAUUUGUUAUUAUUAAUAUACUUCGGUUGGGUCCAUCAAUGA